CCACCUCCUUCCCCAACGGCGGUGAGGAAAAGGGCACCAGCCUACUCCGCAGUCGCCUCAGGGUAAGAUUUGAGAAACUAUUCACAUGGUUGAGCAAUGGAAAGUCUAAAUAAUAGUAGCACCUCUUCCAGAGCGGAGCUUUUGCUUAGAAUGGGCCUUAAUGAUAACAAAGCAGGAAUGCAAGGAUUGGAUAAAGAGAAGAUCAACAAAGUCAUAAUGGAAGCUUCCAAGGGUUCUAAAUUUUAUGAACAUGAACUUAAGAAGGAUCAACAAGUUAACAAGCGAAUUGAAAAAAUCCUGAAGCAAAAAAGUAAAAUUACAGAUCACCAAAUUAUGAAAGCACAACUGCAGAUGGAUAAACUUGCCAUAGAACUGGAGCAGAGCCGUGAGCUUCGCUGCACUAUUGUACACAUUGAUAUGGAUGCCUUUUAUGCAGCUGUAGAAAUGAAAGACAAUCCUGAACUGAGGGACAAGCCUAUAGCAGUGGGAUCAUUGAGUAUGCUGUCAACUUCAAAUUAUCAUGCUAGGAGGUUUGGGGUCCGUGCAGCCAUGCCUGGAUUCAUUGCUAAGAAACUCUGCCCACAUCUUACAAUAGUGCCGUUAAAUUUUAAGAAAUACCAAGAAGUAAGUAAAAAGGUUAGGGAAAUACUAGCUGAAUAUGAUCCUCACUUUAUGCCCAUGGGUCUUGAUGAAGCGUACUUGAACAUAACAGAGUACUUAGAAGAAAGAAAGAACUGGCACGAAGACAAAAGAAAAUAUUUCAUCAAACCACAGAGCUUUGCUCUAAAUGGCAAAAAGAAUCCUGUUAUAUGUGACAAACCACAGUGGAGUGAAGACGCACACACUUCUUCUCCAGUCUUGUUUGAUGAUGAUCCAGUGCAUAAGCAGAGUGUGGGUCCUUCUCUGCUGCAUCCAGAAGACCACCAGGAAUCAGCAGGUCAAACAGUUGUCUUUGGGAUAACAGCUGAAGAAGUUGUGAAGGAAAUUCGCUUUAGGAUUGAAGAAAAAACUGGGCUGACAGCCAGUGCUGGCAUUGCUCCAAAUAUGAUGUUGGCGAAAAUGUGCAGUGAUCAAAAUAAGCCUAAUGGUCAACUCAGAAUCCCUCCAGAAAGGGAAGCUGUGAUGAACUUCAUCAAAGAUUUACCCAUUAGAAAGGUGCCUGGCAUAGGAAAAGUCACAGAAAAAAUGCUUAAAGCAUUGGGAAUUGUGACUUGCACAGACCUUUACCAGCAGAGGGCACUAAUUUCUCUUCUUUUCUCUGAAACAUGUUGGCGCAGUUUUCUAGAAAUUUCACUUGGUUUGGGUUCCACACACUUGGAAAGGGAUGGGGAGAGAAAAAGUAUGAGCACUGAAAGGACAUUUAAUGAAAUAAGUCCUGCAGAACAGUACAGGUUGUGUCAAGAACUUUGCAGUGACCUUGCUGAGGAUUUGCAACAGGAAGGACUUAAAGCUAGAACUGUUACUUUAAAACUGAAGAAUGUAAACUUUGAAGUGAAAACAAGAGCUAGUACAGUACUAUCUGCAGUUUCUACUGAAGAAGAAAUAUUUGCUGUUGCUAAGGAACUCCUUAAAACAGAAAUGGAAGGUGUGGCCCCACAGCCUUUACGUCUCAGAUUGAUGGGUGUACGAGUUUCAGGUUUUCUAAAUGAAGAAGAAAAGAAAUAUCAACAAAAGAGCAUUCUCCAUUUCUUAGAAUCAGGAAAACAGGACUCUGCUUCUAGGCUUUCUCCUAGGAAAUCUGGUGAGGAAAUUUUUCCAAAAGCUUCUGAGAGAGAAAGUUUCUUCAAUAAAAAGCGAGCUACAAGACAGCAAGCUAAUCAAGAGACUCUUAUAAACGAGUCAUCAAGCAAGCAGAGUCCACAAGAUGUAAAGUUAUCAAUAUCCAUUGAACAAGCAAAGGAUAAUGACCAUCAUAUCUUUGUUUGCCCUGUUUGCUUCAAAGAGCUUCAAGAUAGCAAUUUAGAGGCAUUUAACAGGCACAUUGACAGCUGCCUUAGUGAAACAGUGGAAAAAAAUAAAGCAGAAAUUACAAAUGGCAACAAAUUAUGGGAGAACAAGGCCGAUCUGUCUCUGGAAAGCCAAAAGAAUGAAUAUCAGAAAGAUAAAACAAGUGAGCCAAAUGUAGAAAUGGCACCAACAAAUGAAGUUGACAACUCCAUCAGUAGCAGCACCGACAUUUCCCCUCAGCUGAAAGACCAUGAAUAUGGUAGUAAAAGUGGAUAUAGUUGUCCUGAUGACUUUAUAUUUGGUAUACAUGCAAAACGGGACACUUCUAAAUUGUCAUCAGUGGAAAAAGAACAUUUUGAGCAAUCCAUUUCUGCAGAAAGGUUGUCAUGUUUUCCCAUCACUACUGAGAAGAAGACUUUAGUUUGUCCAGUCUGCAACUCAGAACAGAAUACAAAGGAUCUUGCAUUGUUUAAUAGACAUGUGGAUGUUUGUUUAAAUAAAGGGAUUAUCAAGGAAUUGACAGAAAGUUCAAACAGCAUAGGAAACCUGGACACAGAACCAUAUGGUACAAAUUCUACAGCAGGAACAAAGCGGUCUGGAACAAUGGCUCCCCAGUCCACAGCCAAAAAAGCCAAGUCAAACAAUUCUAAGUGUACUAUAGAAACAUUUUUUAAAUGAAUAUAUUUUAUUAAGGAUAUUUUUAUUGCUGUUAUAGCACAGUAAUGUGGAUGAAAAGUACAUCUCUCCGAUUUUCCUAUUACUUACACAAAGUAUAGAUGAAUUUGUAAUGCCCAAAUUAAUGUUUUAGUUGCAAACAACUACCUUACAAUAAUUUUUCGUAUUUUGUGGGAUGAAGGUGAACUGAAUAUUGAUUUUUGUUUAGUUUCUUACACUAGUUGUUGUUACAGGAGUACUACGAUUGUCUUUAAAUAUUAUUAACUCUUAACAUACUAUUUAAUAUGGGUCUUGAACAGGAAAGAAAAAAUGAAAGGACUGGGUUUUCAUUUGUUUAAUUUAACAGAUCAUGCACUUCAUGAAUCAGAUUUUAAUUUGCACUUUUGUUGAUAGUUUGGGCUAAAAGGCUAAGAUUUCUCAGUCUACAUUUCAUACUAUAAAAAAAGAGGAAAAUGAUGAUGCUUUUGUACACAUACUACACUGAAAAUCUUAAAUUCUUUACUUUGUCAUCUCCCCUCUGCUACUGUGUAGCUAAGAUUUUAACACCUAUUAAUUUAAACAGGAUAUCUGUUCUCCAUACAAAGAUGGUCAUAAUUUCACGUACCAUAUUAAAUUAACAAGGCCUGAUAGAUGAAUGUUAAUUUUGUGUCCUGAACAUAGGACAGCUAACAAUUUCAAUCGCAUCUUCUCAUUUGAAUUAGAAAAAUGAGGAAAAGAGGAAAAUGAUGAUGCUUUUGUACACAUACUACACUGAAAAUCUUAAAUUCUUUACUUUGUCAUCUCCCCUCUGCUACUGUGUAGCUAAGAUUUUAACACCUAUUAAUUUAAACAGGAUAUCUGUUCUCCAUACAAAGAUGGUCAUAAUUUCACGUACCAUAUUAAAUUAACAAGGCCUGAUAGAUGAAUGUUAAUUUUGUGUCCUGAACAUAGGACAGCUAACAAUUUCAAUCGCAUCUUCUCAUUUGAAUUAGAAAAUACAUCUUUUUUUGGUCUUGUUUAUGGUCUAAAACAGUUUGCUAAUAUCUAAGAGCUCCCUUGGAACAGACUGUAGAAACAUCUAUGUCAGCCAGAGGUACUCUUGCUGCUUUCAGUGCAUCUGUCCACAAACAUUCCUUGCUUUCCUUCAACAAGAACUAACUUCACUAUAAUGGGGACAUGCACUUAUAACUUAAUACUGGCAUUGUCCAGUUCACCACUAUAAGACUAUACUAGUGUAAACAGGUCCAGUGUAAGAAGAACACAGUAGGAAAGCAAACCAUGAAAUCUGCAUGUAUAGCUAAACUUCAAAUAAUGAAUCUUACUAUGUUUGAAAGUGAUUCUUGAAAAUAAGGACUUUUACUGACUGUAUCUUAAAUAUGAAGAAAAUGUGUCACUUUUUCACUCUCUAAACAUACUGUGUAUAUAUGUGUGUUUGUAUGCAUACAAAUUCUAUAUUGUAUUUUAAAAUUUUAUGCGUAAUAUAUUCACAAUUUCUUAUCCAAAGUUUGUGUGUGUUAUGUGCCAUCAAGUUGCCUCUGACCUAUGGUGACCCUAUGAAUGAAAAACCUCCAAAACAUUCUAUCAUUAACAGACUUGCUCAGAUCUUGCAAACUGGAGGAUGUGGCUUCUUUCAUUAAGUCAAGCCAUCUCAUUUUGGAUCUUCCUCUUUUCCUAUUGCUAUCAACUUUUCCUAGCAUUAUUGACUUUUCCAGAGAGUCUUGUCUUCUCAUGAUGUGACCAAAGUAUGAAUGCCUCAGUUUUGUCAUUUUAGCUUCUAGGGAGAUUAUCCAAAGUAAUUUUUAUUUAUAUAUUGUAUAAUAGACAAAGA